CUGUGGCUCAUCAACCAUGUCGCCAACAUAUGAUGCUCUCAAGCUACCAUCGCACAUCAAGACGAUUCUUGUAUCAGGUGCAGGAGGAUUUGUCGGUCAAGAGCUCGUCAAAUUGCUGCUUGAACUCUUUCCUGACGUCAAGCUCAUCGCAACGGACAUUAUCGAGCCGCCAAGAUUGAUAGACGAUGAGAAGCGUUUCAAAGCCAUCAAGGCGGAUCUUGGUCAUACCUCUCAGGUCGAAGCCUUGUUCGAAGGCGAGCAGAUCGGAGGUGUCUUCGCUCUCCACGGUAUCAUGUCGGGCGGCGCAGAGGCCAACUUCGAUCUGGGCUACGCUGUCAAUGUCGACUCAAACUUGAAUCUCUUGAAACAGGCUCAUAGCCAUGCGAACGAGCACGCAUUCAAACCGACCUACGUGUUCGUAUCCAGUCUGGCUGUGUAUGGAGGGCCAAAGGCUGUCCCCGAGAGUCGGGUUAUACCUCAGGACACACCUGUCAUUGCAAAGACUAGUUAUGGGAUCCAGAAGCAGAUUAUGGAGAUGUAUGUGUACGACUACGGACGAAAGGGUUACCUCGACACUCGGUCUAUUCGCUUGCCUUCAGUGACGAUAAGGCCUGGAGCUCCCUCUACCGCCGCCUCAUCUUUCCUCUCUGGAAUCGUUAGGGAGCCACUCCAAGGUGUCGAAUCGAUCUGUCCCAUCGCCUCUUCUAUCGAUGAUCCAAUCUUGGACUCUAUGCCUUGGUACUGUACACGGACGAAGACACUGGUUCGAAAUGUUGCGUAUGCCAUGUGUAUGCCUGAGACAGAAUUUAAAAAGUACGAAGGGUUAGGCAGGAGCAUCAAUCUGCCGGGAAUCAAGGUCAUGCCGAGGCAGAUGAUCGAUGCUCUGGUUGAACAUGGUGGUAAGGACAAGCUCAAGCUUGUCAAGUUUGAGAAGGACCAAGCGGUUAUCGAUAUAGCUAGUACAUGGGCAGGAGACUACGACAGCAGUCCGUCUGAAUCAAUGGGUUUUGAGAAUGAUGAUCCCGCAACUGGCUAUUCAAUGGCCGUCAAGGAUUUCAAGGAGUUACUCGAAGCUCAGGGCAAGUUAGCGUGAGA